GUUGCCACAGCUCGGGAGAUAUUACAAAUGGCGGGGCGAAAAAUACUUUUUUCUUUUGCCAUAGGCGUGGCGCUACUGGGGGUUGCGUCAUGCGAAACGGCCCAAUCAGAGGACGAUGUCCCAAACGAUCAGCCAAUAGGGACGGAGGAUUUGAAUAUUGAUAAACGACGGAUAGAGACACCACAAGUCGUUUUGCAGUUAAAGUAUGAUGGCGGGGAACUGAAUAGGAUAUAUUUGGCGCAGUUUCGAAAAGGCUCGAAGCAAUGGAGUCCCUCAGUUCCCGCGCGGACGAAUUUGUGCGCGGACCUCUGCCACGCCGGUCUAGGAGGCGAAGCAUGCGGCUCCACCUGUCAAGACCUGGUUCCAGUGGGCCUCGAGAGUGUUCUGUCAUCGGCCAAUGAGACUAACGCUGUGUACGGCGAGCCCAGAUACGGAGUGUGCCCAACGCUAUGCCAUAACAAAUUGGGCGACCCCCUAUGCAAUUGCGAAGCACUGUUGGAACACAACGAACUCACAGACACCAUCAACUGGAGCGCCAUCUGUAGCGCGUUCUGCGUGUCCGAUUUGUACGUGCUUGGUGGAUGUCCAGUCUGUGACCAAUCAGGUCCGAUGCCUCGACAAGCGGUAUCCCGCACGCUGGACACAGCAGAAGGCUGGGCCGCGUGGUGCAACGUCCAGUGUAGGCAGGGACAAGGCGGCGCCGCCUGCAACUGCGAUCGGGCGCCGUUUCAGUAACGCUAAAUGACUGGAGUCCGUAACAGUGAUUUUUUUCGCCGCCUUUAGAUGUUCGUAACACGAAAGAAGUCCCGCAGGCGUGGCGCUACUGUCGCUGGAAACAACAACGCGGCCCCUUUUAUUGAUAGUGCCUCAUAUUGCCACCGGACUUCUUCCGUGGCACGGUUUCUACAGUCCAUGAUUUUUUUUCCGCUACCCCAAACAGCUAGAGUCCACAGCCGUAAUUUUUCCGCUGUCCUAAACGUUUAUGAUUCUGUUGAAGAAGUUUGAUUGCCACAAAAAAGAAAAAAAAGAAACGCUUAGGUAUAAUUCGAACAGGUGAGCUUGUUUCUCCCGCCAUUUUGCAAACUGUCAAAAUUGUUUGCUUUACUUUAGUUUGACAGGACUUUCUAAGACGUUCACACUUAACGCUAAGUCCUGAGUAUUAAUAUUUAAUUUACAUUAUAAUAUUCCCCAUAUUUAACCCCUCAUUAUUUUAGGUAAUUACAUACUGGCCGAUUUAAAAGACACAUUAGUAUUUAACAUUUGUUUUAAUACUUAGUUAUCGAUUUAUCUAUUUCAUCUUUGAUAGGCUUUAGUGAGCCAUUAUAUUGUAUAUUCAUUCGUACCUUCUGAAAUACUGUUGCAUUUAUAAAUAAAAAUAUAGGUAAAUACCUACUUGAAGGAGAUUACUUUUUAAGUUUAUUUAAAACUAGAUAAUGCCCGGGGCUUCGCUCCCGUGGGAAUUUUGAGAUAAAAUAUAGCCUAUAGCAAUCUUAGAUAAUGUACCUUUCAAAUAGUGAAAGAAUUUUUGAAAUCGGUUCGGUAGUUUCAAAGAUUACCCGCCUCAAACAUACAAACUCACAAACGCUUACCUCUUUAUAAUAAUAGUAUAGAUGUAUUUACUUACUUUUUGUUUUAAACAAUUUAUUUUUGUUUAUAACUAUUUAUCGAUUCAAUCUUACACAAUAAAACAUGCGUUUAUAUUGGUAUUGACGUUAUAAAUAUAUUUUUCAUUUAUUGUCUAUGGUAAGCUUUAAUUCAUUUUCAAAAUAUGAAUAGUAGGCGUUUGAGUUUGAAUGAUAAAAUAAUAUUUAUAAUUCCAUUGGAAUUAAAAUGUCAUAAGUUUAGGUAAUAUACAUGGCUUAAAAUAUUUUGUAUUAUUAAGGUAAAAAUAUUACUUAUUCAUAAUCAUAUUAUUAUAACUUGUAACUUAAAAGAAAGCUGAGUGAACGACAAUAUAAUCUUUAUAUGUAAUUAUAAAAAAACAGUGUUAAACUGUAUUUUAAAUGUAACAUAGGCAUUUAUUUUUAUUUAUUAAAAUUAUUUUGAUUUAUUUUUCUUUUCAUUUCUUUUCCGAUGAUUUUUCACCUACCAGUCAAUUACAAAAUUCGUUUGACUCCCUAAAUUUUUCAAUUUUACGAAUUCGUCAUAGUGGAAAAUAGGUGUUUUGUAGUUUCGAUGUUUUUCGUCAAUUUCUGUAGUUGGUACCAAGUAACGUAAUGUCGCUAUGUACAAAGCUAAAUAAGUGUAUAAACAAAAUAGAUUUCACUUGUAAGACCUAAGGUAUAAUGUCAUGUCACGAUAAUAACCAUAGACAAAACGCGAACAAAUUAUUAUCUACACAAUCCAUAGAUUUUUGCAAGAGUUUUUUUCAACAUCACCUACUAACACACUAUUCACAUUACCUAAAUAAACAGGCACAUUAAAAAUACCUUUCAAAGCAAAUCCGAAGCACAUUAUUUAGUUCGACACACAAUAUCACAACGUUUCAGUCAGUCACAUUUUAAAAUACAUUAAUUCUCGGCGUCUUAUUAAAUACGCAGAGUUAAGAAACAAAUAGACUUCUACAAAAAAGCAUUUUUUUAAUAUAAUUACUUAUUCAUUUAGUAGAAAAAGUAGUAGAAAAAAAUACCGGCGAUACCAAUACUUAUCAAAAAAUCUGUUUUUUUUUUUCAUUUUGUAUAAUUUUACACUCAGUGGAUUUUCCCAAUAAAAUCGGAUUUAUAAUUACCUAUUUUUAUAUGUAUUAUAAUAAGGUAUAGUUAUUUACUGAAUAUAUCCCAAGUAUCAUUUCAAUUUAUCAUCGUAGGUACUAUAAUAGAUCUUAAUAAUUUUAAUGUAAGUAGCAUAUAAAGCAUAAUAUAAUAUUAGGUUAGAACAUUGAUCAAACAAAAUAUUAAAAAAAUAUCGUUUACCUAAGUGUAAGGUAGAUUUACAUUGAUAUAAGUAAAAUAUAUAAGAGAAAAUUAUAUUUUUGAUGAGGUUUGCUUGUAUGUGUGCGUGUGUGAAAGGAAAAUAGUAAAAGAAUAUAACAUACCAAUAUAACCUAAACUUACCUAUAUUGGUAUAAAAAAUGACAAGUUUUCUUUAUUCUUAAUACUACAUAUCUGUACCCUUACUGCGUGGCUCAUGUACUGCGCAUAUUACAAAUGUUACUCAUGUUAUGAGUAACGUUUAGAUUAGAUUUAACUUUUUAUUUUAUCGAACAAUAACAAGCAAAAUCAUCGACCAAUUGAUACUAGAAAGCUAAUGGAUAUAUAUUCAUAACAGUAGGUAUAUUCAUAACGUAUUGACAUCUCUAUCAAAGCAUAAGCUCUACAUUGUCUAAUUGUAACAAUUGUAUAGCUCUCAUCAGCGAAGUUUGCUGUUAAUUAAACGCGUAUCUACAACACUUUGACGGUCUUUGUGUGAGUUCUCAUUAUGGUGGUGUUAAUUUCUCAAUUCGAACGAAUAUUGACCGUAGGAAGUGACGUGAGUUGCCUGUAUCAUCCGUUAGUUGAUAGACUGAAAGUUAUUAUGAUUAUUAACGAAUAUUAAUUUCUAUAAAGUAGCGUGUACGCCAGUCCAUCAUUGAUUUUGACGUGUAAAAUGAUAACCUCGGCGGCGCAAUGGUAAAGUGCUCGCCUCUGAACCGAGAGGUCCCGGGUUCGAACCCCGGUCGGGUCAUGAUGGAAAAUGAUCUUUUUCUGAUUGGCCCGAGUCUUGUUUACCUAUAUAUGUAUAUGUUAUAAAAUUUAAUGAAAUAUAUAUAUAUAAUUUAUAUUUAUAUAUUUAUGUGUAUGAGCAAAGAGUUAAUUUUGUCUGAAACCCUACAAUGUGUAUUGUUUUUUAAAACAUGUAUGAGUGGGACGUAUGCUUGUUGUAAGUAGUGUAGUAAUGAGCGUACAGGUAGAAAAUAUUAAGGAGCUAGCCAUUACAUUACACAUAUUGUUACUUACCGCUAAAGGGGCAACCUAUUUUCUUCAUACAAUCAAAACGUGCUAGAUAAUGCAGGACAAUCGGAGCUAUAUAUAGGAGAAAAACUGGAACUCCCAAGUAGUAAUUUUUGUCCCUUUCAUCCUCUCCUUUUUGUGCGCUCAAAGGUAAAUAACUAAAUGGCGACUUACCAGUACCUAGCUCACAAUACAUAAGAAAGAAAUAGAAAUAAAUUUAUUCAUAACAUACCUAUACAUCACAGAAAAUGAAUAAAAUGUUAAUAUUACAAAGGUACAUUAAAUAUUAUGCUACAAAAGUGUAACACUCAGCUUGUGCCGUGACGAAGAGCCAUGACGCAGAUUUUCAGUGAUACCAAACAAGAUGGCGCUACCAGAAAAGAGUUUGCAAGAUAAAUCCGCGAAACAUAGUUACAUAAGUACAAUUAUAUUAUCAAUGUCAAUAUGGAUGAACAUUAUUAAUCACUGCGAGGAAAAUACAACAAAAAUUACUAUAACAACUUUAAAUUAUGAAACGAACAAAAAUAAUAAUAAUCUACUUGGAUAUUAUCACAGUACAGCACGGCUAUGUAACUGAUUGAGCAUUUGAUAAAGAGAGGUCGGGAUACCAAUGAAAAAGAUAACAAUAUAUAGCGACUGAUUCAAGUAUUACUCUCUGGUUUCUUGGUCGCUCCGACGUUGCAUACUAACACCACCGCUGUCGGCUGUGGAGUCAUUGUCAAGGCCGGUGAACAACUGCAUGGAUUAUUAAACUGCGGUAUUACAAUAAUGUUAUAUAAGUACUUAUUAUUUUCUACCUGUGUGAUUCCAACCAAGAAUAAUCACGACAAACAAUAUCACGAAGGUCUUCCAAUAGAUAGGAUGUUGUAAAUAUACUUAAUUUAGGAAUUGUUAUUAUUAUAAUGUAUUAGUUUUAAUUAACUUCGUUGUAAGUAAUCAUACCUAGAGUGAACAAACAAGAAAAUUACUAUGUAAUACUCAAACAAAACUCGUCUUUUUUAUAUCGGGCAAUGAAAUUAGGAAGUUGUUAUAAACAUGGACGUAAUAAUAAUGGCUACCUAUUACGUACACGAGUAACUCUCAUAAAGUAAAAAGUAGGUAUGUUAAUUUUGUCUAGUUCUGUCAAUGUCAAAUAUUGUAUUGACAUAACGAAACAUAUUUUGGCAAGUAGCUACCUACGCAAAUAAGACGGUAGGUAGGUAUAAAAUCGCUACAACUAUGCUGGUUCAUAAAUUGCAAAAAUAAAAAGAAAAUUUGACUCAAAAUUCUAUAAAAAAAUCCCGCAAGCACAAUUCCUUUGCUGAACGUGAAAAUAAAUAAAGUUUUUAAUCGAUAGUGGUUAUAAUUAAAAAUGUAAAAUAAAAAAAAAUGCGCGCUUUAUGUACUUUAAGUAACGUAAUGUAACGCACAAUAUCUUUAACUGAUACAAAACGUAUAUGUAGUAGGUAACUACGUCGUUUAAUUUUGCAGAAAGUUUUCAUUUAGAAAUAGAAAUAAAUUUUAUUCAUAACAUACUAAUAUACACCACAGGAAAUUAACAAAAAAAAAUGGUUGCCUGUAAAGUCGGUUUUACGGGCGAAGAUUUUACGUGACAACGUCUUUUUACGCGCGCGGCAGACCGAUCAUAGUUGAGUGGGAGAGAGACGCAAGGCAUUCGGCGGGCCUCUCUCUCGUUCGGUGACUCAUCGUAACGUUACCGGGCGUUACACUUUUUCAUAAGUGACUCCCAGCCGCAACCUAAUUUAAGACGUUGUCACGUCAAAAGUUAACAUUACAAAUACCUUUGUAAUUUUGCAUUAAAUAUGUUACAAACGGGCACUUCUAAUAUAUUAUUAAAAAAACAUUUAAGUUUCAAAGUAGAUCGUUUCAUAGUGGCAUUGUUCCUAAACCGUCUGACUAGUUCCGAAACAGUGUCAGCACAGAAGGGCGCGCGCGCGGUGUCAGUAACUAUUUGAACAACAAAUGUCGACUGUUAGAUGAUCGAUCAUAUUUGGGAUCCCUUUAAUUGGCAUAAUGUGUUUUGUCCUAAAAUGGAUUGGCAUAAUGAAAUUGGCAUAAUUUAUUUAGCAUAAUAUUAAUUAGACCGAAUUUGGUUUUAGCAUAAUAUGUGUAGGUUUAGGUGCGGCGGGGGUGGCCCUUGGGCCACCCGUAAGCCGCUUUAUAAUGACCUUACAUGAAUAUGAUUAUUGCAUUUAUGCUAAAAAUUGUAUGCUAAAAACUAUUGUGCUUAUUAGUAUUAUGCGAAAUUAUAAUUAGUAGUAAUUACAAUAUGCUAACUUAUUUUAUGCUUAAAAUGUUUAUGCUUCUUGACAGUGAACCAUCAUAUUUACAUAAUUGUAUGGAAGAUUGGAUUUGGGAAAACGAAAAAAUAAAUCCUAUUAAGGUUGUCAUCUAUCGUCUUAUAUGAUUAACAAAUUUUACUCGUUUUGAUAUUUUAAAGAUAUUCAUUAUCAUUGAGCAUUAAAAGUCAGUGUUUAUGUAAAAUAUUGUUAUUUAAGCUGUAGGUAUAGUAAUAUGUAGAUUCAUAUCUGAUGUAUAUAUUGUUGACAUAUACAUAACUAACAUACAACUUUGAAAUUAGAUGAUACAUUGCGUUUAUCGUAUCCAUAUCACCUAGUUAUUUCUAGAUAAAAUAAGACUUAAAGUAACACGUAUGUUAGGCUAUAAAUAUUAUAUUAGAAUAAUACAUAAAUAAAAUAUGUAGAAAACUUUAUGGCAUUUAAAAAGUAAAUAAAUAAAUAACAAUAUAUAUAAGGUUAUUUGAGUUCUAGAUACUGUGACGCGAGCGGUAGUUUGAGUAUUUUUAUUUAUCGCAAGGAAUAAGCAGCAACACACUGCUGAGGGUGUUGUCGGAAAGGGUGGAUAGCCCGCUUCUGAAGUGCUGGUCAUCCUUACAUGUCCAAAACAACAACCUGCAUUUUAAUUCUUACUAACAUAGUCGUUUAAGUCUCUCACUAAUAUAAUAUGGACUUGUAUAUUGUGCAUAGUCUGAAAUAAAUAUUUUCAUUCAUUCAUUCAUUCAUUCAUUCAUUCAUUCAUUCAUUCAAUGUACGUUGAAUCCGCCAAGAUUACACAGUGCGAUUCUAGUUUUAUUAGCAAAUUGGUAGCAACUUAUUAUUGUUAAUAUAUCUGGUUCUGGUCCACCUUACGCUCCAUCACGCAAAUAAUUGACGUCGGUAGGAAGUCUGCGAAACUGAAGUGGGAUUGGGCGGGUCAUGUGAGCCGCAUGGCCAGAAGAGUGACUACCUGGGUCCCGACCGAUGGGAAAAGAUCGCAAGGCAAGCCGAAGGUGCGAUGGUCCGACGAACUGUCGGCCUUCGAUAAGGAUUGGCAACCACUGGCGAGGAAUAGAAGUGGUUGGAAACAAAGAGGGGAGGCUUUUGCCCAGCAGUGGGACCUGAGAGAUACAUAAAAAAAAUCUCUGGUUCUAAAGAAUCGUAUCGUGAUGGAACUUAUACCAUAUUUUAAAUUAAACUAUCCCUUAUACAUCUGUGAAACCGCAUCAAACCCCAUUCAGUAGUUCUUGCGUGAUGCGCGCACAAACAUACAAACAAAAAUAAUAAAAAAAUUGUUUUGGCUUCUAUUAGUCCCAUAGACCCACCAUAAUUAAUUAUCUUUCGUAUCUCCCAUUACUGUCUCCUACGUAGUUUUAUUAUUUGUAUAGAAUAUAUAUGUAUAAAUGAAACUCUCAGAACUUCAGCUAUAGCAAAAUUUUCUUAUGUUGUACAUGACAUUUACGAAUACCAUACAGUAGCAAUAGUUUAUCAAUUAGCCUUAGUAAUUAGCUUUAUAUCUUUUAUUCUCUUCAAAAUAUAAAUAAAUUCAAAUUUAUUCAUACUAAAGAUCUUCAACUUCUUGGCCCGACUACAUCUGUUAUAGUGUGCAUAGUAUAGUAUAAAAAUAAUAUGAAUUUUAGAAAGACGUUUGCGGGAAAGGUUUAUCUACUAACACUCUUAAAUAGGUACUAAUAAAAAAGUAAAAACCUAUUUUAAGUUAAAAUAUAUUUUGUCCCCGUCUUACUUCACAAUAUUUGUCAUGGACAAAACAUAUUUUAACUAAAGUAGAUUUAAUUUUUUUUUAAUGAAUAAACAAGCACAGACAUUCAAUUUAAUCUCCUUCUAAUUAUAUUGAAUGUCUGUGUGAAUACGGUUAAUGAUUACAAAAGAAUAUGUAUACUUGUUGUACCUACGUGUUUCAGCAAUGU